UUUGGGGUCCACUUUAAACAUUCCCGUAGGUCGCACAAGGACCCAUUCAGCUCUGCGUGCAAAAUAAGAUUGAUUUCCUUUACGUCUCGAAGGCAGCGCAACAGGAAGGAUGAAGUGGCUAGUAUUUUUUGGAAUGGUCUGUGGGUGCAUCAUUCUCAGUCAGUUCAGCAAUGCCAGAGUCAUUCCUGAAGGAGUUCCAUAUGAUCAGCCACCAAAUGUGCCCUACUGGCCCUACUCUACCACUGACUUCUGGAGAUACGUGGAAUACUUCCGCAGCAUCGGGGCCUACAACCACAUCAACGAAAUGGCCAGGGCCUUUUUCGCCCAUCAACACCUCGGCGACACACUGGGCUAUGAAGUUGCCGAGGGGCAUGAGCAUUGAACAUUUAUGAUGAGAAACGGUGGUGUCCACUCCUGAUCCUGGAGACCCACUCCUGUGGGCUUUAGAGAUGCUGUUCAGCCAGCAGCUGAUCAGUUGAUCAAAACAUUAAAGGUUCCAUGCAAUCAACGGCUCGAAAUAAGCCAUUUAUACUCAAGUUGGAAGCCAAUAAACCAACGAUCUCCAGUGAACACCUCCGAUGCAAACCUUGUGUUGUAAAUCACAGAUAAUUACGUUAUAUAAAUAAUCUUAAAAUAAUUUUAUCUUUAUUAAUAUAAACCUUUAGCAGUUAGCUUGAGUGUAUAGUUUUAUAAUAACCCAUUGUACCGUAGAAGCAUUUACAAUUAAUCGCAGUUUAUGCCUUCAUAUUUACAAGCUGUUAGAAAUGCAGAGUCAUGUUGUAAGGAAGUGAAGAAUCAAUAAAUGGAAAUAAUCUG